AGCGUAAUGUUAAAUGUCAAUCUGACAUGUGUCACUGUCAUCUAAACAAUUCAUCAGAUUGAUUGUAUGAUCACAAGUUACAGCUAAUUUUUUAAGCCAUUAGUCAUAACAUUAUUAAUGAAUAUUAUUUUGUUUUAUAAUAUAUCUUUGAACCUAUUUUACGAAAAAAGUGUUAAAUCUUAAAAUGAAUUUCUUUAGAAAGGCGCCUACUGUUAAGGAACAACAAAGGCAAAAUGAUCGUGAGCUACGCAAAGCAGGCAGAGAUUUGGAGCGAGAUAAAUUAGCCUUAGAAAGAGAAGAAAAAAAAUUGGAAAUGGAGAUUAAAAAAAUGGCAAAAGAAGGAGACAAUGAGGGAUGUAAAAUACUUGCUAAACAAUUAGUUCAACUCCGGAAACAGAAGACUAGAAUAUAUACAGCAAAUAGUAAGAUAGCUAGUGUACAGAUUCAUAACAAGGCAAUGGGUGCUAAUGUUGCAAUAGCUGGAGCGAUGGGUACCACAGCUAAAACCAUGGGCAGUAUCAAUAAGAUCCUAAAUCCACACCAAGUUGCGAAAGACAUGGAAGCAUUUAAAUAUGCUAGUGCUAAAAUGGAUAUGACAGAUGACAUGAUUUCUGACACAUUGGACGAUAUUAUGACUGAAUCUGGAGAUGAAGAAGAAACUGAAGGCAUUGUGAACCAAGUGCUUGAUGAAAUAGGCAUCGAAAUUACUGGAAAGGUCGCAAAUGCACCUUCUGUAUCCCGUAAUAAGGUUGGCGAAUCUACAUCAGACAUCGACAAGGAACUGAUGGCUCAGUUAACAAAACUAAAGUCAUAGAGCUUAUUCAUUUAAAUAUAAGUACCUCAAAUAAAAAACAAAAGUUACACUGUCCAAAAGACUUUAAGCAACAAUACACUGCAACAACUCUAAGAAAUAUGUUUUGGCAGUUAAGGCCAACCUUAACCACCAGUGUUUUGUUUAAUAUAACCAAUAUAACUUAUUAAAAUAUAAAAAUCAUUAUUUUUAUAAGUAUUUAUUUAAAUUAUCAUAU